UUCUUCCUUGCACUCUGCCUCUCAUCCCGCUUUACCAUUGGCACUCCCGUUCGCUGUUAUUUAAAAAUGUCAACAGUGUCUAAUAUUUCUUCCAUCUUCUUCUACAACGUUCCCGACGCCACGCGAUCCCACCUCGAUAGCAUACAGAGGCAAUUCGAUCUGACUGAUGCACGCCUCCUCGAGAUCACUCGACAGUUCGUCGAUGACUUUGCUUUGGGACUCUCAGAAUACAAUAAACCAAUGGCCAUGAUACCGACGUUCGUUACUGGUGUCCCCGACGGCACAGAAAAGGGGACGUUCCUUGCUUUGGAUCUUGGCGGGACAAAUUUACGUGUCUGCGAGGUCCAGCUGCAUGGUAAUCAGCAGUUUACUCUUCGACAACAGAAAUACAAACUGUCAGAGGUUUUGAAAACUGGCGAGGCUACUGUGCUAUUUGAUUACCUCGCGGACUCCGUUGAUGAGUUCCUGACGUCUAUGGGCCACGAGAUUACCGAUGAUGAGGCAUUACACCUUGGCCUCACUUUUAGCUUCCCGGUCGAACAGACGGCACUGGACAAAGGUGUGCUUUUGACGUGGACGAAAGGGUUUUCUGCAAAGAAUGCUGUUGGCAAGGACGUUGUGAAACUGCUUCAAGACGCUUUUGAUAGGAAGCAUAUCCAUGUCAAAUGCGCCGCCCUAGUCAACGACACCGUUGGCGCCCUUUUAUCACGAGCAUAUACGUCUGGAGGUUGCAUACUUGGCGCCAUUUUUGGAACCGGGACAAACGGAGCCUUCGUUGAAGAUGUACAAAAAAUUCGGAAGCUAUCAGACUCUGCAGCAUUAAAACAUGUGCAGACAAUGGUCGUGAAUACUGAAUGGGGCGCGUUCAAUAAUACACGUACCGUCCUUCCCACUACGCCAUUCGACAAUAAGCUCGACAGAGAAUCAAUCAACCCAAGGUAUCAGGCAUACGAAAAAUUCAUCAGUGGAAUGUACCUUGGCGAAAUUUGUCGUAAUAUUCUAUUAUCUCUCGUUGAUGCUGUUCCACCUGUACUCUUUGGCGGCCUCUCAACCCCAAUUCUCAACAGCCAGUAUGGUUUUGAUACCGCAUACAUGUCGGAUAUUGAAAAUGCACAGGCAUUGGACGAUAUUAAGAAGGUCCUUGUCGAGAAAGUUGACUUCGAGGCCGGCGCCAUCUCGGACCAAGAUGCUGAGAUUGUACGCUGGGUAUGCCGGCUCGUGGCUACAAGGGCAGCGAAGCUCAGUGGAUGUGCGGUCGCAGCUGUAUUAGUACAAACAGGACGUGCUGCUCUCGGCGGAGGACACUCUUCGGGCGAGAAGUUUGCCGUUGGCGUAGAUGGAAGCCUUAUACAAUUCUAUCCCAACUUCGAGACACACCUUCGGGAAAGUCUGCGUGCGAUUGUCGGCGAAGAGGCUGAGAGAAAGGUGGAGAUCGGAUUGGCGAAGGAUGGGAGUGGUGUGGGAGCCGCGCUUUGUGCGCUUCAAGCUCUUAAGCAAUCCCAGGGUGAUACGGUUGUAAGCGCGAAUAAAUCUGUUCCUAAUGGACCAGGGAAAGCAUAAGAUGCCAAUACUUAGAAACGAUCGACCCUCCGAGCUGAGUAAAAGCAUAAUUUGUUGUAUAACUUACAGUGUAUUACGAAUAGACGGUUGCAUGUGGUUCCCCUCCAACUCCGCAGCUCGUGCACAGCUCCCAUGUGUUUAUUCACCGUGUUAGACGUGGAAAUUAUUGGUUAGGCAAGAGCGGUAGAAGAAACAGAGUCUAUUUAUUUCUCCGAGGUUCUUCCGUACCCGCUUUUAUUCGCUUAGGGGAUAUUACUUGAAUAAGUUUCGCUCACUCAAUAAGUCGCUAACUUUCCCCGCAGGUUUUACGUUCCAACAGGUGGGAUGAGUCACAUAAAAAGCGCUUAUCUCGACGUUGGGGCUUGACUAUACGUUUCCAACCUCUAUACAAGUGAUUGAAGCCUCUACGCACUCACAGACAGCUCUGCUUCCCUUAUGCUGCUAGAUCAACUUCCGAUAGAAGUCCACUCCAUUAUCUGCAAGUUCGUAUGCUUAGCAGGUAUAGAGUCAACCCCGCGUACCUAUCAAGCGGUGUACAGCCUCUGCCUCGUCUCGCGCCACUUUUACUCGAUCGCGGUUCCGAUCAUGUACCAAACUCUGCUUGUCGAUGGGCGUACGAAGAUUUCACUUCUUGCGCGUACUCUUCAGACACGAUCAGAUCUAGGAGAGUGUGCCAUGCAUAUGUUUCUCAGUGAUUACAGUCAGAGGACAAGUGCAGGGAGAAGUUCUGGCGAGGAGGAGGAAGAUGCGUUUGAGAUGCCUCCAUCGUUUGCAUUCGAACGGCCUUUUUCGAGAGAAGGACGAAUUGAAAGGCUGCAGAGGCUGCAGAAUUGGUUGCAUGAACGUGCGCAGAGAGUCGCUGCGUUCCGUUCCGCUGUUCAGAGUAUUUUAAAUGCCGUGUCGCCAAAUUUGCGUACACUGUCAAUUUGCCUGUAUGGCCAUUAUGACGAGAAUGCGGAUAGUGGGCUGGCGGACGCACUCGCACGUCCGUUUCCUUUUCUAUCAGAGCUCACGAUUCGAGAUAACGUACACCCCUUCCCCUCCACUCGAAUUGAAUUACCAGUACUGGAGAACUUGCAUCUAGCAGGUGGGAGCUUGCUGGAUCCGUUAACGACUCUCGAUGCACUUGUGAAAGGAUGUCCAUCUCUUAAGUGUAUUCGCCUUACUGAGCCGUUCUUGAACGAUCUGGCUGUAAACUCGCUGGAACGGAUUGUUGACGACAUUACGACCUCACACAUAUAUACGCACGAACAAUCGGAUUCAACGUCGAAAUCGAAGUUGAAGUCAAAGCUGGACAAAGGUGUGGACCGGGUUGCUCCCCAUCGACGAGUCCCUCUGCGUAUAAUCCUUGAACCGUGUCCGUACAACUAUACGACGUCUGUGUCAUCUACCAACGUAAACGCAAACACCAUGCACACUAUCCUCAGCACUAGUAGCUCCAGCACAAGCAUAAUGAGUGGACACGCUUUGUCGAACUCAACGGCGCUAUACAAUGGGCUCACAGCACUUUCUGCACGUUCUCAAGGCGUGUUUGACUUAAACGGUGGUUGGCCGGAGUUGACACAGCAGCACCAACGACAACACACUACGAGUGAAGGUAAUAGCCAUCGUGAAGGAAGAGGGUCAAACCUGCAGCGUGAGGAUCGGUAUCCUCUCGAAAGGGCACUAAAUGAUUGGGUAAGGCAUAUAAUGACACAUGGGGAGUAAGAAGGCGGCUUUUUUUAAAUGAGGUUCUACAGGAAGAAGAUGUACUAUAGUAGGAAACAAUGCUAAACUUGCAAAGCAUUGUAAGAUAUUACUGUAACGUUGUUGUAUUUGUUAUUCAGAUACUCCUGUAUAUUAACUAUUAUUUGGUCGGAAGGAUGUGGAACCCGAACUAAUAAUAUGGUUU